AUGGCUUCUGUUGGAAUGGCUCCACUGACAGCUGAAAAAGUUGAUGGUGAUUCAAUGUUUGUUGACAAACUGCCUGAGGAAAUCAAUGAAAUGAAAAUCCGAGAUGACAAGGUGGAAAAGGAAAUGGAGGCAACUGUGGUGGAUGGAAAUGGCACUGAAACUGGUCACAUUAUCGUUACUACCAUUGGAGGUAGAAAUGGUCAACCCAAACAGACAAUAAGCUAUAUGGCAGAGCGUGUGGUAGGGCAGGGUUCUUUUGGAAUUGUGUUUCAGGCCAAGUGCUUAGAGACUGGAGAAGCUGUUGCAAUUAAAAAAGUAUUGCAAGAUAAACGAUACAAGAAUCGGGAACUGCAGACAAUGAGACUUCUUGAUCAUCCAAAUGUUGUUUCACUCAAACACUGCUUCUUUUCAACAACAGACAAAGAUGAGCUUUAUCUGAAUUUGGUUCUAGAGUAUGUACCUGAGACAGCUUAUCGUGUAGCAAGACACUACAGCAAGGCAAAUCAAAGAAUGCCCAUGAUUUAUGUCAAACUAUACACGUAUCAGAUUUUCAGAGCACUUGCAUAUAUUCAUGCAAUCGGUGUGUGUCACCGUGACAUCAAGCCUCAAAAUCUUCUGGUGAAUCCGCAUACUCACCAGCUCAAACUCUGCGAUUUUGGGAGCGCAAAAGUUCUGGUGAAAGGGGAACCAAAUAUAUCGUAUAUCUGUUCACGAUAUUACCGAGCACCUGAACUCAUAUUCGGGGCGACUGAAUACACAACCGCAAUUGAUGUCUGGUCAGUCGGCUGUGUUCUUGCUGAACUCCUUCUAGGACAGCCCUUAUUCCCCGGUGAGAGCGGAGUUGACCAACUUGUAGAGAUCAUUAAGGUUCUUGGUACACCAACUCGUGAAGAGAUCAAAUGCAUGAAUCCAAACUACACGGAAUUUAAGUUCCCACAAAUCAAAGCUCACCCCUGGCACAAAAUUUUUCACAAGCGGACACCUCCAGAGGCUGUAGAUCUUGUUUCUAGACUCCUCCAGUAUUCUCCCAACUUGAGGUGUACUGCUUUGGAGGCAUGCAUUCACCCGUUCUUUAACGAACUUCGUGAUCCAAGCACCCGUCUUCCAAACGGCCGCCCCUUGCCACCGCUCUUCAACUUCAAGCCUCAAGAGCUAAAAGGGGCAUCUUUGGAACUUCUGGCUAAAUUGAUACCUGAACAUGCUCGGAAACAGUGUUCCUUCCUUGGCUUCUAAGUUGCAACCAAUCACUUGCGUUGCGGGCCUGCCUAAUUUAUUGUUUGUCCUCAGCCUCAGAUAUAGCAAGCAAGCAACUGUGGUUUAUUAAUGUUUAUGUUUGGUUUUUUGUUGAACCUGAUUGCUUUUGUAUUUUGUAUUUUGUAUUUUCUGCAUAUCAUAUGCAUAUGCAUAUGCAUAUGGUGAAACUUAUGUAGACCUAUCUGUAUGGAGUAUGGAGUAUGAAGUAUGAUUUAUAUGCAAAAAUCUAUUGUGGUUGCUUAUUAGAUUCAAUGUUUUAAAGAGUGGUUUGUGAACA